GUGUUCUUUGCUUCCUAAUGGAAAAGACGAUGUACUACCUAAACUAUAAUUUUAGGUGGGACCCACACUAACACACAGCUUCCCCUCAUACCUUUCCUGGUCUAAAACCAAGAAAAAUUUAGAAAAUUCAAUUGCAGUCAACAUUCAGACAUAAAUUUUUCUCUAUCUUUCUCUCUCUAUUUCCUCCAAUCUAUGAUCAGCUAAUGUUCUUUUUGAUAUAUUUGAGAUAGAUCUCAAAUUUUUAGUGGAAAAGAGAGAUGGGAUUUCAGGAGAAUGUUGAAGGUGGCAAAAACAAGUACAAGAGAAUGGAUCCUGAUAUUGUGGAAGAAGAUGGUGUCUCACUCUCACAUGAUGAUUAUCAUCAGCAACAAAGGACCAACAGUACGAGGACAUAUAUUUUUGCCUGUGCCGUCUUUGCCUCUUUCAAUUCUGUGCUUCUUGGUUAUGAUGUGGGUGUCAUGAGUGGAGCAAUUAUAUUUAUUCAAGAGGAUCUGAAGAUAACCGAGGUACAAGAAGAGGUCCUUGUUGGAAUCUUAAGCAUAAUUUCACUUCUAGGUAGUUUAGCUGGGGGUAAAACAUCAGAUGCCAUUGGUAGAAAAUGGACCAUGGCAUUCGCCGCCAUUGUAUUUCAAACAGGUGCUGCUAUAAUGGCUCUUGCUCCUUCCUUUUUUGUACUAAUGAUAGGAAGACUCUUUGCUGGGAUUGGGAUAGGCUUCGGAAUCAUGAUUGCACCCGUAUACAUUGCUGAGAUCUCACCUGCUGUUAGCAGAGGCUCUCUCACCUCCUUCCCUGAGAUUUUCAUUAAUCUAGGAAUCCUUCUCGGUUAUGUCUCAAAUUAUGCAUUUUCAGGACUUCCGGUACAUAUAAACUGGAGGAUAAUGCUUGCUGUGGGAAUUCUGCCCUCAGUUUUUAUGGGGUUUGCACUGUUUUUUAUCCCGGAAUCCCCAAGGUGGUUGGUAAUGAAAAACCGGAUUGAUGAAGCAAGAUCAGUUUUGUUGAAGAUAAAUGAAAUUGAAAGUGAAGUGGAGGAGAGAUUAGCAGAAAUCGAAUUAGCUGCCAGACAUACUAAUGCUGGAAAGUAUGAAGAGAGAGCUGUGUGGCGUGAAUUAUUGAAUCCUUCUCCUGGAGUACGUCGGAUGCUGAUAACUGGCUGUGGAAUCCAGUGUUUCCAACAGAUUACUGGUAUUGAUGCAACUGUGUAUUAUAGCCCCACAAUUUUCAAAAAUGCUGGAAUCAGCAAUAACACUCAGCUUCUUGCCGCAACUGUUGCUGUUGGAUUCACAAAAACCAUUUUCAUAUUGGUAGCAAUAUUUCUCAUUGAUAGGGUAGGUAGAAAACCAUUGCUUUUUGUGAGUACAAUUGGAAUGACAACCUGUUUGUUCAGUCUAGGCCUUACCUUAUCUUUACUGGGGGAUAGUUCAAUUGGGAUCAAAUUGGCAAUUUUAUCAGUGUGUGGGAAUGUAGCUUUCUUCUCAGUGGGAAUUGGCCCGGUUUGUUGGGUUUUGUCAUCUGAAAUCUUCCCUCUAAGACUUCGAGCUCAAGCAUCAGCACUUGGGGCAGUGGGGAGUAGGGUCAGUAGUGGCCUGGUUGCUAUGUCUUUCCUCUCCGUGUCCCAUGCAAUUACAGUCGCUGGAACAUUCUUUGUCUUUUCAGCUAUUUCAGCCCUCUCUGUUGCUUUUGUUUACAAAUGUGUUCCGGAAACAAAGGGGAAGUCUUUAGAGGAGAUUGAAAUGCUAUUUCAGAAUGAGACACAAUUGCAAGGAGGAGAAUUGGAGCUUGGAGAUGUUGAGCACCUAGUGCAAAAGCAAAUGAGUAGCUGAGCAUGCUCGGUUGCUAAACCAUGAUCUUACAUUCUUACAUGAUUUGUCGAGACAAAAAUAUGCUGGCACAGAAUAAAGGGCAAACACCCAUCAGAAACUCUACAUUCAGUCAGGGGCAACCAAGGGGGUAAAUUUUUUAGUCCCAGAGUUGCAUUGCUUUUGUUCAAGACUCAUGCCUGCACUUGUUCGGAGCAUAUUGCAUACAUAUCUUAUUUUAAAUUCAUUUACAUUAAAUUUUUUUGUAAGAUAAAGAGUUUAGAUUACAUGUGGUUCACAAUGUGCUAGGAAUUAUAUUGAUGGCUUUGUUUUGUCCAAAGUAGGGCAAAUAAAAGAAUUUAAGGACAACAUAGUUUGUGCUUCCAAAAAGUACAAUAUUUGGACAAAUCACUUGUAUUUGUGUUGAUAAUUUCCCGUUAUGUUGCAAAGAAGAUAUGGGAAUAAAGAGAACAUAUAUUCAUGGUCAUAUUUGACUAUUUUCAGU